AUGGCUAAAAAACGCAAUAUAAACAUCUCAAUAUGCAAAAAUUGUACUAAAAAAACAAAAAGUGAUACAACAUUAAAUAAAAAGAAAGAAUCAACUACAAAUAAAUUAUCUUAUGGUAUCGGUUUCGGUGUUAUUUUGACAUUAAUCACUAUUAUACUUCAAUGUAUUGCUUUUUUUACACCACAUUGGAAAGAAAUAACUCCAAAUACACAUUCAUUAUAUGUUGAUGGUGUAGAUGCGCUUUUACGUACUGAAGUUUUACAUUAUUUUAAUCGUGUACAUCGUUAUAGUCGUCAGUCAUAUGGUUUAUUUCAACGAUGUGAAUAUAUUUUAAGUAAUUCAUCAAUAUAUAAUAAUCAACUUGAUUUAGCUGAUGCCGUUGUAAAUAACCAACAACAUAAAUGUACAAAAAAUUAUUUACCUCGAUAUCGUGAUGAUUAUUUUAAUGAAUGUCAUAGUUUACAAUACUAUCGAUUUUGUACAAAAGCAAGUGAAAAAAACUUUGACAUUAACAAUGAUUAUCUUCAUGCAACAUUUGACCUAUCAACUUCACCUACAAAUCUUGAUCCAAAAAUGUCGUGUGAUUGUCAUUAUCCACCUUAUGUUUUCGUUUGUCAAAUAGUUGGAAUAAUGGCAUUAAUAUUUUUAUUUCUCACUUGUUUAUUAUUUGGUUUAUUUCCAUGUUUUACUGAUCUACAUUAUCGUCUUAAAAUAAAGUAUUUUGGUAUAUUAUCAUCAUUAUUAUCAAUUCUAUUUCUAACAAUCAAUUUAAUAGUUAUACACAAACAUCUCGAAUAUGAAUCAAUUGCAUAUUUAGUUGCUAUUGAAAAACAUUAUAAAUCAAAUCAAAUUUAUAAAUUAUCUGAAGAUACAAAAACUGCUAUUGAUCGAUUUCUAUCAAGUAUUAAUAUUCGUAUUGGUUAUUCAACUAUAAUAGCAUGGAUUGCUUUUGGUUUAUCAAUCAUUGAUGGAAUAUUAUUAUCAGUUACAUGUCAAAUUAAACAUAAUUAUAAGGAAAAAGAAACUCGUACUAAUUUAAUAUCAUCGUCUGCAAAUGAACAACAUUAUGCUCAAUUUCACUUUACAAGAGUUCCAAAUGAUUCUGAAACUUUAUCAUCACCAAUGCCUAUAAUCAAUAAUCUAAAUGAAUCUACUCCAUUGUCUUCUACUUCACAAGAUGAAAAAUAUCAACCAUUACGUAUAUUCAAUGAACAUGAAGUCUAA